AUAUCACAAUAUCUUGAAUGCUACAUCUUUUCAUUGGUUCAACUUAUAUUGUUCGCAGUGUUUUGGUCCAUAGUGGUGGUGUGCACGGUGGUCACUAUUAUGCCUUUAUACGGCCUACUCUUUCCAGCCAGUGGUAUAAGUUUGAUGAUGAACGAGUGACAAAAGAAGAUAUGAAAAAGGCAUUAGAUGAGCUGUAUGGUGGUGAAGAAGAAGUUGAGCUUGUGUGUCGGGUUCUCUCCUGAGUUAGUUGUUGAAGAUUUAUCAUAGCAGGUUGAUCAACUAGUUCUUGAGGAUUUGGUGCUAGAACAUAUAGUAUGAUAGAUUUUCGUUUUAGCUAUAACAUAGUUGGUACUUUCAAUUUUGAAUCGAAAUAUGCAAUGAUGACGUAUACUUGAUACUUGGUUCAUUUAGAUGAUAAUGUAUGAAUUUUUUGGAUGAUAUAUAAUAUUGUUAUUGUUGAUUUUA